AUACGACGGCGCUAUGGACGCCUCCUUCUACUCUACAGCACCUGUUUUCGUCCGUCAGCCCGUACGUCUGUCUUUCUAUCCCAGUCGUCUAGAUCUUCACCGUUGCUAUCCAUCCUUCAGCUAAAUUACCAUCUGUACACGCCCGUCGCUUCGACGCGCCCGCCUAAGGGACCUCCCAAUCACUUCAUACCCCCGUCCCCAGAGCUGCGGGAACGCCUUACCCAGCAGAGCGAAACCGUCCGCGGCAUUGCCCCUGCGGGCCUCAACAUACCCGAGGAAAUGUCCGGCUACCAUACCCUCGUUCCCUUAGACAGUCCCAGUACGCCCAACGAGCGACGGCGCUUCGGGAACUGGUUCUCGAGCGUUUAUCGUGCGAUCAACUCAGUGGAUGGACUACCAUAUGCACUCCGCCGGGUUGAGAACUUCCGCCUGAUCAAUCAGACUGCGUUCCAACCCAUAGAUGUUUGGUCCAACAUCCACCACCCGGGCAUCGUGCAUGUCCAUGAGGCGUUUACUACGCGCGCUUUCAACGACAACUCCCUCGUCGUCGCGUACACCUACCAUCCGAACGCGCAGACGCUUUACGACAUGCACUUCAAGAAUCGGAACCAGCAGCAGCAGUAUGGCUCGACCUCGCGCUUCCAGCCCGCGCAGGUGCAAACCCUGAUCCCGGAGCGUACGAUAUGGUCGUACAUCGUGCAGAUUGCGUCCGCGGUGAAGAAGGUGCACGACCUUGGGCAGGCGGUGCGCAUGAUCGACAUCAGCAAGAUCCUGGUCACCUCGCAGAAUCGCGUUCGCAUCGGCUCCUGUGGCAUCAUCGACAUUCUCAUGCACGAGACGCCGCAGGAUAUGACGAUUCUGCAGCAGGAGGAUCUGCACAUGUUUGGCCGACUCGUCUUUGCGCUCUGCACGCUCAACCCGUCCGGCGCGAGCAGCGGGAACUUCUCGAAGAGCUUGGAGCUUAUGGGUCGUAACUACAGCGCGGACAUGAAGAACGUCGCGUUGUACUUGAUCAGCAAGAGCGGGCCGCAUCGGGUGAGCACUAUCGGUCAGCUCUUCGACAUCAUCAAUAGCAAGGUGGUCGCGGAGAUGGACGACGCGCUUAUCGCGACCGACACGCUCGAGCACGAGCUGCGCGGCGAGCUGGAGAACGCGCGCCUGGUGCGCCUCAUGGCGAUGUUUGGUUUCAUUACUGAGCGGCCUGAAUUCGCGCGCGACCCGCGAUGGUCAGAGACGGGCGACCGGUACAUCAUCAAGCUCUUCCGCGACUAUGUCUUCCACCAGGUCGACGAGCAUGGCAACCCCGUCAUCAGCAUGUCGCACGUGCUGACCUGCAUGAACAAGCUGGAUGCCGGAGCAGACGAGCGUGUGAUGUUGGUCGCGCGGGACGAGCAGAGCUGCCUGGUGGUCACGUACAAGGAGAUCAAGCAGUGCAUGGAGUCGGCCUUUGGGGAAUUGAUGUAUGCGAACUCUUCCACAGGCACUUUCAGAAAAUGAGUUGAAUUCGUAAAAAGACAUGAAAAAUAUAUGAAAAUGCUUUGUCUCCUGAACUUUUGGGCAGCGUUGUCGGUGCACAUCGCAACUGGAUGGGAACCACCUCCAAUAUCUACAGCACCGAUUGGAUAGGACUGGAAGCAGUCCGUAGUACUCGUCCGCUGCCUGCUGAUCGAGGAUAUUAUGGCGAGGAGACGCGGGAAUUACGUGCGGAUGCCCGCGGAGAUCUCCAAACAAGCGUACUCGUCGCUCGUAAAGUGGACCAGCCGUUUCUUAUAAAAGGGCAUUGAUGUUCUUUCUGGUGGCCAACCGAUUCACCCCUACCAAGUGACCCACCUCUCGUUGAAC